UUCGUUUUACCAUUCUUAUUUGGUUUGCUUCUGUUUCCCAUGUCUUACCUUUUGUUGCAUUUGUUCCCAUUCAACAGUGCUUCACACUGUUGAAUUCCAAAAACGUGGCUUGCCACAUGCGCAUAUGCUCUUAUGGUUCCGUCAUGUAGCAGCAAUUCCUGCGGCUGAAAACAUAGAUUCUUUCAUCAGUGCUGAGAUCCCAGAUCCAGAAGUUGAUCCCCUCGGCUAUGCUCUCGUUGCAGAGCAUAUGAUACAUGGUCCUUGUGGUGCACAAAACCCAAGUUGUCCCUGUAUGAAGAAUGCCAUUUGCUCUAAAGGCUACCCGAAACCAUUUUCUAAUGAAACUAGAAUCGACGAUGAGGGCUUUGCUAUAUACAAACGUUCUGAUAAUGGGAGGUACAUUAAGAAAGGAAAUGCCGAUUUAGAUAACCGAUGGGUAGUCCCUUAUAACAUGACCCUCCUUAAAAAGUUUCAAGCUCACAUUAAUGUUGAGUAUUGUAACAGGACGCAUGUUUUAAAAUAUUUGUUCAAAUAUGUUACAAAGGGCCCUGAUUGUGCAAAAGUUUAUCUUGAGCGGAUACAAAGGGGUCAAGAUACACCUAUGGAUGCUACAACUAGAGCUGUUGAUGAAGUAAAGGAAUACUUAGAUUGUCGAUAUAUUUGUGAGCAAGAUGCGUGUUGGCGUUUAUUUGAUUAUGAAAUACAUGUACAUAUUCCGGCUGUAGAACGAUUGCUUGUUCACUUACCUGACGAAAAUUGGGUAACUUAUAGAGAUACCGAUAAUCUGUCUGCAGUUGUAGCGAAUGAUCGUGUGAAAUGAACUAUGUUAACAGAGUGGUUUUUAGCUAACCAAAGAUACCAACAAGGAAAUAGUUUAACUUAUUGUGAAUAUCCUACCUUAUUUACAUGGGAUGAAACAGAUAGGGUGUGGAACGAAAGACGCCAUGGUUUUAAAAUAGGACGGCUAUAUUUUGUGCACCCCAGUGCUGGAGAAUGAUACUUUUUAAGAAUGUUACUGAUGAUUGUGAAAGGUGCAAAAAGCUACAAAGACAUUAGGACUUAUCAAGGAAUAGUCUAUAAUACGUUCAAAGAAACAUGUGCAGCUCGUGGUCUUUUAGGAGAUGAUACUGAGUGGCUUAAUGCUUUUAACGAAGCAAUUACGUGGGGUUCAUCACCUCAGCUUAGACAACUUUUUGUUACUAUGUUGUUAUUUUGUGAUGUCAAAGAUGAAUUUUCACUCUUUGAAAAAAUUUGGUUUUACUUAGGAGAUGAUAUUCAGCGUCGACUCAAAGAAACUUUGAGAAACCCAAAUUUUAGCCUCCCUUUGCCUGAACUAAAAGACAUGAUUCUUGAUGAGAUAUCUAUUUUACUUAAUAAGCAUGGAGCCAAUAUAAAAGACUACAAUUUGCCUAGCAAGAGCGAAAAAACUUCACAGUAUUUCGUGAAUAGACUUAUAGAUGAUGAGAUGUCUUACAACUUAUCUGAGUUAGAAAUGGAAUCAGCAUCCUUGUGUAGUCGCUUAAAUCCAGAACAAAUGGAAGCUUUUCAACAAAUAGUUCAUUGUGCCUCUAAUGAAAUUCCUGGAUUCUUCUUUGUUUCGGGUUUUGGUGGUACUGGAAAAACAUUUCUUUGGAAUGCGAUUGUAUCAUUUUUAAGAGCAAAGGGAAGAAUUGUCCUCACUGUAGCGUCUUCCGGUGUCGCAGCUUUGCUCUUACCUGGUGGAAGAACUGCUCAUUCCCGGUUUAAAAUACCGCUUAAUAUUGAUGAUGAUACUGUUUGUGACAUAAAAAGAGGAACGAUGCUAGCUGAGCUAAUCCAUAAAACCUCAUUAGUUAUCUGGGAUGAAGCUCUAAUGACCCAUAGGAAAUGUUUUGAAACUCUAGACAGAACUUUGCGUGAUAUUAUAGGUGGACAGGAUCCCAAAGCACAGCAUCUUGUCUUUGGUGGCAAAGUGAUUGUACUUGGUGGUGAUUUAAGACAAAUUCUUCCUGUUAUAGAAGGUGGUACUAGAUCUCAAAUAGUGAAUGCUUCAAUUACUAAUUCUCCAUUGUGGUAUCAUGUCACUCUCUUAAAAUUAACAACUAAUAUGAGGCUGUCUUCACCCGAUCUUGAUAUCGUUGUGCAAUCUGAAAUUGCUGAGUUUAGCAAAUGGGUACUUGAUAUUGGGGAAGGAAAAAUACCUACUGAAAAACAUGAUAAUGAGUCUGAGCCAACAUGGAUAGAGAUACCUUCUAAUUUUUUGCUUCAUACAGAUGGUGACAAAAUUGCUUCUAUUAUUGCUUCUGUUUACCCAGAUUUUAGAGCGCAAUUUUCCAAUCCAUCAUAUUUGUGUAGACGCGCUAUAUUAACACCUACAAAUGAGGUUGCUGAUGAGGUAAACUCAUAUAUUUUGUCCCUUGUACCAGGUCAAGAAAAACAAUACUUAAGUUCUGACACAAUUUCCAAAUCAACAGAUAUAGUUGGGGACCCAGACCUACUCUACCCUAUCGAGUUCCUUAAUUCACUUAAAUUUAACAACUUCCCAGAACAUGAACUUGUGUUAAAAAAGGGUGUUCCUAUCAUGUUAUUACGUAAUCUUAGCCAAACUGAAGGAUUGUGCAAUGGAACACGGCUUAUUGUUAAAAACCUCGCUGAGCUUGUCAUCGAGGCUAUUAUUAUAACUGGCAAAAAUGUUGGCCAAACUGUUUACAUACCCAGGAUAGUUUUGUCUUCACAAAAAAACAAGAUGCCAUUUAGUGUUCAACGACGUCAAUUUCCUAUUAAAAUAUGCUAUGCUAUGACUAUAAAUAAAAGCCAAGGGCAAACUCUUGAUAAUGUUGGUGUUUACUUAAAGACUCCUGUUUUCACCCAUGGCCAACUUUAUGUUGCUGUGUCACGAGUUACAUCCAAGAGAGGUCUUACUGUCUUGAUUGAAAACGAAGAUGGUACAUGUGGUUCAAAAACCAAAAACAUAGUGUACACUGAAAUUUUUGCAUCCUUAUCAUAGAUUCUCUACGUAGUUUACAUAUAAAUAUGUAUACCUUUGCCUGUAAACAUGUAAUGUUUUAUCUGUGAUUAUUCAUGAUGUUCUAUUUAUCACUAAUUCCCCUUUGUUAAAUAACUGUCUGUCCUUGCAUUGCACAACCAGUGGUUUAAUCAUGUUGGAUAUGCACUAUGUUUCUUACAUUAUUUGUAUACACCUGCUUUCAUUAUUUUGUCUGCAACAGACCAUGUCAACGUUCAUGCUUAAAGAUAUAAACCCACAAGGCAGACAUUGGAGCAUUUGCACAAGGGUAUCAAGGAUGUGGGACUAUCGUGGAGGAACAGAUGAUGGUCAAAUACGUCAUGUCGAUCUCGUGCUUGUUGAUGCUGAGAAAUUUCUGAGCUAGCCACCAUUCAGCUUCAAAAUCAGCAAAGGCCUACACUCCGAAGAACUAUUACAUUGAAAGAUUCAAG